CCCCCCAACAGACUCAGAUUAUUCGCAGUACUCCUAAUUCUGCUGCUGUCUGUAACUCCUAAUUUUCCUACAUUCUGCUACGUUUUCUUCUUAAAGAAAUUGGAUAAAAGAAAUAGGAAUAGAAAUUAGGGCAAGAAGGUGGGGAAGAAGAACAUGCCUGGUGGUUUGGAGCCGUUGGAUAUUGGAGUCCAGAUUCCGUACCAUUUCCGGUGCCCAAUUUCUCUGGAGCUGAUGCAUGACCCGGUUACUGUUUGUACCGGUCAAACGUACGAUCGCUCUAGCAUAGAGUCGUGGGUAGCAACCGGGAAUACCACGUGUCCGGUAACGCGGGCCCCGCUCACGGAUUUCACGCUCAUUCCGAACCACACGCUUCGGCGCCUCAUUCAGGAUUGGUGCGUCGCGAACCGCUGCUUCGGAGUGGAGCGGAUACCCACUCCGAAGCAGCCGGCGGAUCCGAUUCUGGUUCGGAGUUUGUUGAAUCAGGCGGCGGCCGGCGGUUCCGUUGGCGUGAGGAUUUCGGCGGUAAGGCGGUUGAGAGGACUGGCAAGGGAAUUGGAGAAGAAUCGCUCUGUUAUGGCUGCCUGUGGUGCGCAGGGGAUUUUGCUGUCGAUUGUGUUGGCCGAUGCCGGCGGUGGUGGUGGUGGUUUGGAGCCGUCGGAGUUGAGUGUGGAAGCGCUGGGGAUUCUGGCGAUGUUUCCGCUGUCGGAAUCGGAGUGCAUUUACGUGGCGUCGGAUGUUGAGAGCGUCGGAUUUUUGGUGAAUUUACUGUUCCAUUCAUUGAUCGAGGUUAGGGUUAACUCCGCGGCGGUGAUUGAGAAUGUUGCGGCGGGGAUACGCUCGCCGGAGCUUCGGGAGCGGAUCAGUGGCGCCGACGGAGUUUUCGAGGGGAUAAUCGGAAUCCUGAACUAUCCGCUGGUUUAUCCGAGAGCGUUGAAGAUCGGAGUCAAAUCUCUGUUCGCUUUGUGUCUGGCGAAGCAAAACCGUCACCGAGCCGUCGCCGCCGGCGCGGUGGAGGCGUUGAUAGACAGACUCGCUGAAUUCGAGAAAUGCGACGCCGAGAGAGCGCUAGCCACGGCGGAGCUCCUCUGCCGGAUUCCGGCCGGAUGCGCGGCGUUCGCCUCGCAUCCGCAGACGGUGCCGCUGCUGGUGAAUAUCAUCCUGAAAAUAUCCGAUCGCGCCACGGAGUACGCCGCCGGUGCGCUGCUGUCGCUGUGCUCGUCGUCGGACGGAAGUCGGACGGAGGCGGUGGCCGCCGGCGUGUUGAGUCAGUUACUGCUUCUGGUACAGAGCGACUGCACGGAAAGAGCGAAGCGUAAAGCGCAAAUGCUGCUGAAGUUACUCCGGGACUCGUGGCCCAAUGUCUCCGUCGCCAAUUCUGAUGAAUACGCCGGGACCGAGGUCCUGCUCCUUUAAUAAUUAGUUAAUUAAUUACCCACAUUUACUUUUCACCUCAAACCGAAAUUAAUUAAUUUUAUUUUUGGUAAAUUACAUAAAAUCCAAUUUUAUUUUAUUGAAAAAAUAUAAAAUAAUCUUGCGAAAUUUGCUUUGUUAUUACAUAGUAAGCAUGCAAAUAAAAUCGCUAAAAUGUCUUAAAUAUUAUUCAUUGACUAAAAUAAAUAAAGAAAAAAGUAACCAAUUCUUCAUUUUCACUGUUUGUAUAAUGAAGAUAUAAUAUAACGAU